GGGCAGCCUCACCGAACAGCCGAACAGAAACAUCCGGGGUCCUUUCUCUUCACAUGUGCAUCGUGAGACAGAGCCAUGCCGAAGUCAAAGAGGGACAAGAAAAUUUCAUUAACGAAAACUGCCAAGAAGGGACUUGAGUCAAAGCAGAAACUAAUCGAAGAGCUACGAAAAUGUGUGGACACGUACAGAAAUUUGUUCAUAUUUUCUGUGGAAAAUAUGAGGAAUAACAAACUGAAAGACAUCAGAACAGCCUGGAAACACAGCAGAUUCUUCUUUGGCAAAAAUAAAGUCAUGAUUGUUGCUUUGGGAAAAGGAGAUACGGACGAAUAUAAAGAUAAUUUGCAUAAGGUGACCAGAUAUCUGCGAGGGGAAGUCGGAAUCCUCUUCACCAACAAAACAAAAGAUGAAGUUCAAGAGUAUUUCACCCAGUUCAAAGAGAUGGAUUAUGCUCGGGCAGGCAACCCGGCACAGAUGGAUAUAACUCUGGACGAGGGACCUCUGGAGCAGUUCCCUCACUCGAUGGAACCUCAGCUGAGGCAGCUGGGGCUUCCCACAGCGCUAAAGAAAGGAGUGGUGACUCUGCUGAAGGACCACCAAGUCUGCAAGGAGGGAGACGUGUUGACGCCGGAGCAGGCCCGUAUUCUGAAACUCUUCGCUAUUGAGAUGGCAGAGUUCAAGGUGCAGAUUAAAUGUAUGUGGAACUCGGAAACGAGCGAGUUUGAGAUGUUUGCGGAGGAGGAGGAGCCUGUACAGGGUGAAGAUGUUGAGGAAGAGGACGACGAUGCAGAGUGAAAGCUGAACACCCACUUUCUUUCUGCCUUCCUCAGCAGAUGAACGUUUUCACUGAAACAGUUUGUCCCAGCAUUUUUUAUAACUUGUAACACAAAUGUGUGUCUGUCUUGAAGUUUGAUUUGGGGCUGACCUGCUGGUGAGUAAAGUAUACUGGAUCCUGGAGUCACAGUCAUCAGUUUUGUACAUGCAGUCAUGCCAAUCCUGGUUUGUAAUUCUAUGAAUUGUCAAAAUGAAAAAGGAUCGUGUGACUUUUGUGUAUGGCUAUUUUUUUUUCCCCAUUCAG